CUUCUGGACGACACCCCCCCACCCCCUCUCAGAAAACCUUCCCUCUCUGCCAUGGGGGUUCUGUGAGCCCCAAGAAUCUGCUUGAGGCCUGGCUUCCGGUGCUACCCUCCCCAGACCAUGUGGUGGUCACUCCUCCGAGGCCCACCGCUCCUUUCCCCCUUUCUGCAAGUGACCGAAGUUGCCACCGGCUGGGAGGCCCGCCUGGCACUGUGGAUCCUCAGCUUCGCCUCGGCCGUGGUGCAGAUGGAGAGCCAGGCGUACUCUCCCACCGUCAACACGCACUAUGGCAAGCUGCGGGGCGUGCGGGUGCCCUUGCCCAGCGAGAUCCUGGGGCCCGUGGACCAGUACCUGGGGGUCCCCUACGCAGCGCCCCCCAUCGGGGAGAAGCGGUUCAUGCCCCCUGAGCCACCCCCCUCCUGGUCGGGGAUCCGCAACGCCACACACUUCUCCCCGGUGUGCCCGCAGAACAUCCACACAGCCGUCCCCGAGAUCAUGCUGCCCAUCUGGUUCACCUCGAACCUGGACAUUGUGGCCACUUACAUCCAGGACCCCAAUGAGGACUGCCUGUACCUCAACAUCUACAUCCCCACUGAGGAUGUAAAACGGAUUUCCAAGGAAUGCGCCCGAAAACCCAACAAGAAAAUAUGUAGGAAAGGAGGCGGCUCCAGCGCUAAGAAACAGGGCGAGGACUUAGCGGAUAAUGACGGGGAUGAAGACGAAGACAUCCGAGACAGUGGGGCCAAGCCGGUGAUGGUGUACAUCCAUGGCGGCUCAUACAUGGAAGGCACAGGCAACAUGAUUGACGGCAGCGUGCUGGCCAGCUACGGCAAUGUCAUCGUCAUCACCCUCAACUACCGUGUGGGAGUGCUGGGAUUCCUGAGCACCGGGGACCAGGCUGCCAAGGGCAACUAUGGGUUGCUGGACCAGAUCCAGGCUCUGCGUUGGAUCAGCGAAAACAUCGCCUUCUUUGGCGGCGACCCCUUGCGCAUCACUGUCUUCGGUUCGGGCAUUGGUGCCUCCUGCGUCAGCCUGCUCACGCUGUCGCACCACUCCGAGGGCCUCUUCCAGAGGGCCAUCAUCCAGAGCGGCUCUGCCCUCUCCAGUUGGGCUGUCAACUACCAGCCAGUGAAGUACACCAGCCUGUUGGCUGACAAGGUUGGCUGCAACGUGCUGGACACGGUGGACAUGGUGGACUGCCUGCGGCAGAAGAGCGCCAAGGAGCUGGUGGAGCAGGACAUCCAGCCAGCACGCUACCACGUGGCCUUCGGGCCCGUCAUUGAUGGGGACGUCAUCCCUGACGACCCGGAGAUCCUGAUGGAACAGGGCGAGUUCCUCAACUACGACAUCAUGCUGGGCGUCAACCAAGGCGAGGGGCUCAAGUUCGUGGAGGGCGUGGUGGACCCAGAGGACGGUGUCUCGGGCAGCGACUUCGACUACUCCGUCUCCAACUUUGUGGACAACCUGUACGGCUACCCUGAGGGAAAGGACACGCUCCGUGAGACCAUCAAGUUCAUGUACACGGACUGGGCUGACCGGGACAACCCCGAGACGCGCCGCAAGACGCUGGUGGCCCUGUUCACCGACCACCAGUGGGUGGAGCCCUCAGUGGUGACCGCUGACCUGCAUGCCCGCUAUGGCUCCCCCACGUACUUUUACGCCUUCUACCACCACUGUCAGAGCCUCAUGAAGCCGCCCUGGUCCGACGCCGCCCACGGGGACGAGGUGCCUUACGUCUUCGGGAUCCCCAUGAUCGGGCCCACUGACCUCUUCCCCUGCAACUUCUCCAAGAACGAUGUCAUGCUGAGUGCUGUGGUCAUGACCUACUGGACAAACUUUGCCAAGACCGGGGACCCCAACAAACCGGUGCCUCAGGACACCAAGUUCAUCCACACCAAGGCCAACCGCUUUGAGGAGGUGGCGUGGUCCAAGUACAACCCCCGCGACCAGCUCUACCUGCACAUCGGCCUCAAGCCGCGUGUGCGAGAUCACUACCGCGCCACCAAGGUUGCCUUCUGGAAGCACCUGGUGCCGCACCUGUACAACCUGCAUGACAUGUUCCACUACACCUCCACCACCACCAAGGUGCCGCCGCCCGACACUACCCAGAACUCCCACAUCACCCGCCGGCCCAACGGCAAGGCCUGGAGCACCAAGCGCCCAGCCAUCUCCACCGCCUACACCAGCGAGGGCUCACAGGAGAAGUGGAACCCGGAGCAGGACGGGGCGGGGACCCUGCUGGUGGAGAACCCCCGGGACUACUCCACCGAGCUGAGCGUCACCAUCGCCGUGGGUGCCUCGCUGCUCUUCCUCAACGUCCUGGCCUUCGCCGCCCUCUACUACCGCAAGGACAAGCGCCGGCAGGACACGCACCGUCAGCCCAGCCCGCAGCGGGCCACCAGCGCCGCCAACGACAUCGGUCACACCCCAGAGGAGGAGAUGCCAUCGCUGCAGGCGAACCAGGCGCACCACGGCGACUGCGAGGCCCCCCACGACGCCCUGCGCCUUGCCGCCUUGCCCGACUACACGCUCACCCUUCGCCGCUCGCCAGACGACAUCCCGCUCAUGACGCCCAACACCAUCACAAUGAUCCCCAACUCCCUGGUGGGGCUGCAGACCCUGCACCCCUACAACACCUUCGCCGCCAGCUUCAGCAGUACUGGGCUCCCGCACUCACACUCCACCACCCGGGUAUAGCCUGCCCCAAGCACCCGUGCACUCCCCGUUCGCCCUCGCCGGACCUGGCACUGCCGGGGGGAGGGGGGAGUGGCGGCAAGGUGUGGCGAGCAUCCCUGGACUACUCGCCCUUUGGGGAUUUCGUUUGUAUCAAGUGCUUUGACUCUCCUGGAGGCCCGGCAAGGGUCUUGGCCGAGCAGAAGGGGGCCAAAAACUGUGACCAGAGCCGCCUGCUCCCGAGUCCAGACACUGUGCAGGAGGGGAUCGGGGAGCCCUCUGAACCUGCUGGAGGCCCCUCCCAGCACCUCCCCAGAGCCACAGGGCACUGCCUGGGGAACCCCAACUGUGGGCCUUGGGGUGGCUCCUGCCUGCCAUUCCUUCCUUACCACUAGAGAUUUACCAGUCAGUGCCAUGGGAAAACAACUCUCGUGGGCUGAGUUGCCAUGCCGAGACAGCGGCUUGGGACCGCAUGCCAGGGAGCCCUGGGCAGGUGCAGUCCGGUGCCCAAAGCCCCAGUGCUGUGUCCUGGAUAUGUAGCCUGCACUUGGUGCUGGGCCCAAACAGAUGCUGUCCAGGUGGCUCUACUUCCCCCCCCACCCCGUCCCCCGCAACCCUCACGCCUCUCCUUCGUGUCGUGGAGAAAACUUUUUUCCUGUCCGUCUGUUUCUUUCCAAGAGACGUUUUUUAAGCAGAUCUUUAGUUCUUUAAAACACUAACGGAAAACGCCGUGUUUUGUCCUUUGUAAAGAUUUUAAACUUAAGUGUUCUUGAUAUAAAAAAAGCCAGUUAGACACACACACACAUACACACCACAAAUACACAAACACACACACACAGAAAGAGAGAGAGACCCCUCCCCAUACACUGGGAAACACAGACAUGCACCUGCCAACCCCAUCUGUGCUGCAGCCUCCCUCUGCCCACCGCCGUGGCCCUGCCAGCAAUGACCUGUGCCAAACCGAGAAACCAGCCAGACUUCCCUUGGGGCAGCAGUCGCCCCCAGCAGGCCCCCAGGUCCUUUUGUACUUUUGAUAUGCCCUUCCGCAGCCAUUCAUUCCUGUACGUGUCAACCAACCAACCUGUGGCCUGGAGGCACCCAAGGGAUGACCUAGUUCCUUCCGCCUCCUGCCUCUCCUCCAUGCUGCUGCCCCCCCAAUUGCAUUGGCCAGCCUGGCCUGUUCCCCUCCCCACCCGCUGUGCCAAACCUCCCGUGGUUUUCAAACCCCUUUUGGAGCUUGGCCAAGCCCACCCUCCCAUCCCCCUCAACCGCUCCCUGCUCCAUGCCAGCCGGACGCACCUAUCCUGGCCUCCCCAGCGCCUUGCCUUCUUGGGUUGGAUCAGGCCAAUGGACCUCAGUGGCAUUAGGUGGGGCAGGAGAAGGAGGAGGCCAAGGGCAGGCUGGGCACAGAGAGGAGCAACUGGGAGGGUUGGGCAGGGGGGAGGGAAUAGAUCUGCAGGGCAGCGCAGUGUAAAUGCAGUGUGCCCAGGGAGAUGGCAGGGGUGCUGCGUUCACGCACAAUUGGCUUUCCUCGCCCACUGCAAAACCCAGGUGCUCAAGGUCAUGGGAGAAGGCACAGAGGGCUGUGUUUGGUGGGUGGGGGGUGCUUCUGACAGAGCUGGCAGAAACUCAGCCGCCAGCCAAUCCGGGGGACUGGGGUGCAAACAGCCAAAAUAUGGUUGGACCAGGGCUUGGACAUUCGGUGGGGUGGGGUCUUGGAGGUCUGGGGGGGAUGGGGGUCCUGUGGUGGAGGCGGCACAGCCCUGCCAUUGGGCAGCAGGAGCUGGACCCGGCUUGUGGCAAUGGGGCGGGGUGGGGGCUGCGCAGGAUUAAGGGAGAGGCAGGAGCACCGCCCAAGGGUCAGAUGGACACCGAGGCUGGGGAGGCUGCGGGGGUCACGAACAUGGGGACUGAGCCGGGAUGGUUUGGUGCAGCUUGUUUGCCCUCCCCCCCCCCCCCGGAAGCUGCAAACUCAACUUCAGGGGGCAGAGGGCAUUUAAGAGGGCUCUAGACCUGACCUGCCCCCCUGUCCUGCUUCAGAGGGUACCUUUCAGAGCCAGCAGCGGAAGGUGGGGUGCAGGCGAGCGGUUCUGGCUGAGAAUGUAUUUACGCGGCCCUGUCAAUCACCUGCGCAGAGGAAAAGAAAUCCAAAUAAAGCGGAAGGGGUAUUUUUA